GGCUUUUGUUUUGUUUUUCCUUGUAUAAAUAGAGAAGAUCAGACUGCAAUUCGGAGAAACCCAGAAGUCAAAUUUCUUGGCUGAAUCCCUCAAGCCUGCAGCAGAAUCUACUGGCUAAGCGGCCACCAUGUCUCUGGCUCAAGGAAAAUGGGUCAAGAUUAACCAGAAAGGAACUGCACCUGGGGCCAGAAGCUCACAUGCCGUAGCAAUAGUGGGUCACAAGGUCUACGCGUUCGGGGGCGAAUUCGCGCCGCGUGUCCCUGUGGACAACAAGGUAUAUGUGUUUGACCUCGAGGAGAAGGCUUGGUCCAUGGCCGAAGCCUCCGGAGACAUCCCACCUCCGCGCGUCGGUGUCACCAUGGCCACGGUCGGUGACAACAUUUACGUCUUCGGGGGUAGGGACAGCACCCACAAGGAGCUCAACGAGUUCUAUUCUUUCGAUACGUGCACGAACAAGUGGGCCCUAAUCUCCAGCGGAGACGUGGGUCCACCGCACCGGAGCUACCACUCGACGGCUGCCGAUGACCGCUGGGUGUACAUCUUCGGUGGGUGUGGUGUUAACGGGCGGCUCAAUGAUCUGUGGGCUUUCGACGUGGUCGAUCAGAAGUGGGCCGAAUACCCUGCCGCCGGUGAAAAGUGCAAGGGGAGAGGUGGACCGGGGCUGGCAGUAACCCGAGGAAAGAUAUGGGUCGUUUACGGUUUCGCGGGGAAGGAAGCGGACGACGUGCAUUGUUUUGACCCGGUGCAAAAUGAGUGGACCCAAGUGGAAACAGUUGGAGAGAAGCCCACCGCGAGGAGCGUGUUUUCUACGGUCGGUGUCGGAAAGUACAUAAUAAUAUGCGGCGGUGAAGUGGACCCGAGUGACUUGGGCCACCUCGGCGCCGGGAAAUUCUCGCCCGAGAGCUACUCCUUGGACACGGAGACUCUGGCUUGGAAGAAGCUGGAGGACGGGCUCGAUUCAGGCCACCAUCCCGGGCCUCGUGGGUGGUGUGCAUUUGCAAGUGGGAAGCUGAACGGGGAAAAGGGGCUCUUGGUGUAUGGUGGCAAUUCACCCAGCAAUGACCGGCUGGAUGACAUCUACUAUUUCACUCCCUGUCUUGCCUGAAGACUCGAUUAAGGUUUUGAUGUUUUGUGCUGUUUGGUGGGUGACUUUUAGAGUCUUGAGUGUGGCAUAUGAAUAAGAAGUUGUUUCCAGUUGAAGUAAUGCUCACUUGAUUUGGAUUGAAACGGAAGCACAUCUCCUACAUGUAAAUAAGAUUAAUGAUUUCGGUGUACUUAGUGAGAAAUGCAAAUGCAAAACCUCACUCAACCUCUCCCUUGGCUCUGCUAAGGUUGAUGGUGGAGUUAAUUCCUCGA